AUGGACCGCUUCCGGGCGGCGGCGGCGCGCAAGCCGACGUGCGAGCAAUGCGGCCGCCAGUACCAGUCCAACUCGGCGCUGGCGCACCACCGGCUGCUCCACCUGGGCCACACCACGUGCCGCAUCUGCGGCCGCGUGCUCUCGCGCCGCUACGAGCUCAUCAGCCAUCUGCGCAAUGUGCACAACGUGUACGACCCCGUGCCGCCGGCGCCCGGUGGGCCGAUGCUGUCCUGCCGGCACUGUGGCAAGGUCUACACCCACCCGGCGUCGCUGAACAAACACCUGAAGGUGCACAGCGGCGACACCGUGUGUCACAUGUGCGGCCGCGUGUUGGCCAGCCGCUCCAACCUCCGCAUCCACCUGCGCGAGGUGCACAGGAUCUGA